CUCUUGCAAAUGGAUAACAUUGUUGCAAAACUGCUGCCAUAUUGUGUUUCAGAAAUGGGCUGGAUCCUAAGCUUUUUCAACAAAAGAUAGCAAGAGAACGAACAAAGUUUGAUAAUAGGAGUAAAUUAGAAAGUUGUUAAAAAUUGUAUGCUCGAUCUGAAUCGUAAAAAAAAAAUGUUUGGGUUUCAUAGCCCUUUAAAUAUAACUAAUGUCUGUAAUCUUAUCGAAUUCUCAUAUGUAAAUUUCCAGAAGUCGGCAAGGAAAAUCCGGAUACAGAAAUAAUGGAAACGAAGGAAGGUGAACAGAGAGAUAAAAUGAAAAGUCGUCAGGUGGGAAUCAAUCCAGCGCUCUGUACAGAUGGGUCCAUUACCAGACAUAUGAGUGAAGAAAAUGAUACAGACAUCACUUUUUUAGAUGGGACAGUGAAAGCUACAACUUUAUCUAAGAAGGUUGCAAAAUCUUGUGAAAAAGGAAAUCUCAAUUUAAUACAAAGCACUAGGAAAACUCGAAAUCAAGUGUCUGUACACUGCAGGAAAAGAGCCAAUAACAAAAAAGGUUUACAACAUACUAAAGUGCUAAACAACAGUGAGAAACAUGAAAACAGCAGAUCAGUAUCUUCUAAACCUAAUUUCCAUGAUGAACAAUAUUUAGCCCCAACAGAAAAAUUACACGUGUGUCCUAAAUGUGACAAGACAUUUACUGUAAGGUCCCAACUUGCUAGACACCAGAGAACUCAUACAGGUGAAAAACCGUUUAUGUGCCAGCGAUGUGGAAAAUGCUUCUCUCAGAAGUCCGUUUUGGUUAGACAUGAGAGAACCCAUACUGUAGAAAAGCCAUAUGUUUGUCAGACUUGCGGUAAAGGAUUUUGUGACAGUUCAAGUUUGAUUGUGCACCACAGAAAUCACACUGGAGAAAAACCGUAUGUUUGCUCCGACUGUGGAAAAUGUUUCUCUCAAAGUUCGGUUCUGCUUAACCACCAAAAAACACAUACUGGAGAUAAGCCUCAUAUUUGUUCUGAAUGCGGGAAAUGUUUCUUUCAUAGAUCUAGUUUGCUUAUCCACAAUAGGACCCAUACAGGUGAUAAGCCAUACAUCUGCCAAAAAUGUGGGAAAGGUUUCUAUGAAAGUUCAAGUCUUGUUGCGCACCAUAGAACGCAUACAGGAGAAAAACCGUAUGUUUGCCCAGAUUGUGGGAAAGGCUUCUCUCAAAAGUCAAGUGUAGUUAAACAUCGUAGGAUCCAUACAGGAGAAAAGCCACAUGUAUGUCAACAAUGUGGUAAAGGAUUCUGUGAAACUUCAAGUCUUGCCGUACACUAUAGAACUCACACAGGAGAAAAACCAUAUUCUUGCUCGGUUUGCGGAAAAAGUUUCUCUCAGAGGUCAGGAUUGCUUCACCACCAAAGAACCCAUACAGGAGAUAAGCCGUAUCUCUGCCCUGAAUGUGGGAAAGGCUUCUCCCAAAGUUCAAAUCUAGUUAUACAUCACAGAAUGCACACAGGCGAAAAGCCGUACAUUUGUUUCAAGUGUGGAAAAGGCUUCUAUGAUAGGUCGCAUCUAGUUAAACACCAUAGAAUUCAUACAGGAGAAAAGCCAUAUAUAUGUCAUGUAUGCAGUAAAGGCUUCUGUGAUAGAUCAUACCUGCUAAAACAUCAGCAAGUCCAUACUGGAGAAAAGCCCUUUGUUUGUACUGAAUGUGGUAAAGGCUUCUCUGAAAGUUCAUAUCUGAUUAAACACCAGAGAAUUCAUAUAGAAGAGACAAAGAAAUGAUUUGGUACAGAUAAUAGUCUAAAACAAAUAAAUAAAAGUACUUCCCUUAACCCUUUCAUGUCAGGGCUAAAGUGCCUACAUCGGAACACCUGUUCCGAUGUAGACAAAU